AUGAAGCUCCUACUCUGCUAUAUAUUGGCAUCUGUGACUUCCGCCCUCUCCUUCACCCCCUGCCCACUCCUCGGCCCAGCCUUCCCCCCAUACACCCUAGACACAGACGACAAAAUCCUCAACAAGGCCCUGGAAACACUCACGCACAAGUUCAACACCCAGCUCGGCGGAAACAGCGGCUCUCAUGGCGAAACCUCACCCAACACAACGUUCAGCGUUGCGCUGUUCUCAGCGAACCCCGGUACAGCUGCUGAGGAGCCUUUCUUCUGGGAAUACCACUAUGCAGCGCCGUGGUUGAACAAGAGUACUUCAGGCGGGGCGAGGGUUGUGGAUAAGGAUAGUGUCUAUCGUAUUGGAGGGCUUACCGAGGUGUUCACGGUUUGGUCGCUUUUGCUGGGAGAUGGGGGUUUGAUCUUGGAUGAGCCGGUGACGGAGUAUCUUCCUGAGCUGAAUAGGGCUGCUGGAGAUGAUAUUGAGCGGGUUGCCUGGGAUGAGGUUACGGUUGGACAGCUUGCGAGCCAUAUGUCUGGACUUGCACGGGAUUACUGCUCUAGAGACGUGGCUGCGCCAGGACUGCCUAAGCUCUCAUCUAUCAACACCUGCUGCAGCAACCCGGACAAAUGUGACAGCAAUAAUUUCAUCCAACUCAUAUCCGAAAAACCCCCUGUUGCCCCAGCCGGAGUCACCCCCAGCUACUCGAACAUGGCCUUCCAGCUACUAGGGUACAUCAUCGAACGCCGCGCAGGAAAGCCAUUCACCGAUGUCUUGACAAACGAUAUCUUCACUGCAUUAAAUAUGACCAAAACCUCCAUCUUCGCCCCGGCCAACAACAGCGUCUCGCCAGUCAUCCCCAUCAGCAGAGAAGCCAGCGGCUGGUCAUCCCGUCUCGGGGGAGAAGAAGCAUCAAAAUCAAUCUACAGCAGCACCAAAGACCUCGCCAUUGCUGGACAGGCAAUCCUAAACUCGACCCUGCUCGACAAAAGCCAAACGAACCGCUGGCUCAAACCCGUCGCUCACACCUCUAACCCCGCAAACUCCCUGGGAAUGCCAUUUACCAUCUAUCUCGGCGGGAAUUACCCCGAUCAGUCCCUUGUCGAUGUAUACACGGUCCUCAGUAACGAGGGAUAUAAUGAGAGUCUGUAUAGCUCGUAUAUCGGGCUCGUUCCGGAUUAUGGCGUUGGAUAUGCCAUUCUCUCUGCUGAUACGGAAGGACCGGCAGAUUUGAAUGCGCACGCGGAUAUCAUUGGGGAUGUGGUGCUUACGGCGCUGGUUAAGAUGGCGGUUUUACAGGCGGGGGAGAGCUUCAAUGGUACAUAUACUGCUGCUGCGGAUUCUACCAGUCUCUCGUCUAUCACGGUCAGACAAGAUAAUCUGAUGGGAUUGUAUAUCGACGAGUUUAUCAGCAACGGGACGGAUUUCCGGGAAACGUUGUCUGGGCUUGUUGGUGUGGAGCAGUCCAAGGACCUGAGUAUCAGAUUAUAUCCCACGCAGCGUGUUGGCUCGAAACAGGCGUUUAGGGCUGUGUUGCAGGAUGUCACGGAGCUGGCGGAUAAUGAUACCCCGACUUGUGUGUCGUGGAUGGAUGUGGAUGAGCUGCAGUAUGGAGGAAGAGGUCUGGAUGAGUUUGUCUUCGAGGUGGAUGAGAGAGGGAGGGCUGUUGGUGUUGAGAUUCCGGCGUUGCGGGUGGUGCUGUCUAGGGUAUACAGUGAUAGAUUGAGGUAG